AAAAUAUAUCAAAGUAAAAAUGGGUUUGAUUAAAGAUGUUGGUGAUACUCUCACCUAUGAAGUAAGAGGACGUGUUGCUAUCAUCACCUUGAACCAGCCAGAAAAGCUCAAUGCUUUAAAUGGUGAACAAUACUUGCAAUUGGCAAAGUAUGUCGAGCAAGCAGACCGUGAGGAAGGUACCAUUUUGACUUUGAUUCAAAGUACUGGUCGUUACUUCUCAGCUGGAGCCAACAUUGCUGAUAAGGGAAUCAGCAACUCCGAUUAUGAUAUGGCUGACUUAUUCUCCAGAGAAUACUGGUUGGAUAAGUUCGUGUCUAGAAACGUCUACCUUGCCGAUUUGUUCCACAAUCACACCAAGAUCUUAGCUGCAGCUGUAAAUGGUCCAGCUAUUGGAUUGAGUGCUGCAUUGCUUGCUUUAUGUGACUUAAUUUAUGUGAAAGAAGAAGCUAAGUUCUUCUUGUUGGCACCAUUCGCCAACUUGGGAUUGGUCGCUGAAGGUGCAGCCUCCGCCACUUUAUUCUUGAGAUUGGGAUGGUCUAAGGCUUCAGAAGCGUUAUUGUUGGCCAAGCCAAUUUCAGGUCGUGACUUGAACAACUUGGGCUUCAUCAACAAGACUUAUGAUGGCCAGUUCAAGACUACCGAGGAAUUCAAUACUCAUGUCCAUGAUGAAUUGGUCCAAGCUUUCUCCCACCUUCACGAGCAAUCAAUUCUUGAGAACAAACAGUUAUUGAAAGCUAACAGAGAUACGUUAAUUAACAGUGCUACCACUAGGGAAUUGGUCAAGGGUUUGAACAAAUGGGUUGAAGGUGUUCCUCAACAGAGAUUCUCCAGUUUACACCAGAAAGAAAUCAAGCACAAGUUAUAGGUAAGUGCUUCUUGGAUUCUGGAAU